CAAAACCUCUCUCUGGAAAAACGGAGAGAGCGAGUCAGUGUCCACAAUGUCUUCGCCUACUGACGAGAAAGUAGAGACUAGAGCUGGACACCCUCCUGCGGUAAAAGCUGGUGGAAUGAGAAUUGUGCAGAAACACCCUCAUGGUGGAGAUGCUAAAGAAGAGAGGGAUAAAGAUGAUCAAGAAUGGGAAAGUACCAACCCACCUAAACCAACUGUGUACAUCUCUAGUGUUAUUGCAAGGGGUGACAAAGACGUCCCCCCUGCGGCAGCUCAAGUGGCCCACCAGAAACCUCAUCCCUCCAUGGAAAAGCACCCUCCCAGGACAACACAGCACAUCCAGCAGCCCCGCAAGAGAGGGCCUGCCCCAGUCCUGCCAGGCCGGCCCUCCCAGAGAAACAGGAUUUCUCUUAGAUUUUACAUUUAUAAAACAACAAGAAAAGGUUCAAUUUUUUUCCUGUCUAUUUCUUUAGAGAAAUUUAAGACAAAGCAAAUCAGUAGCUCUCUUUGCCUUAUGUUUCUUUGUUUACUGUCUAAAAAUAGAUUAGAUAACCAUGUAUCUUGUUUACCUAAAUGCAAACAACACUUGAAUCUCAUUCCCCCCUAAUUUAGAAUCCUUACUCAGUUUAGAUUUAUUUGCAGUGAUGUUCUUAAAAGCUAGUUUAAGUAGUACUGAAAAAGUUGCCUUUGAUUUGUACCAUAAAGUGAAGUAUGAUAUUUAAAAAAAAUUGCCUUUGAUUUGUACCAUAAAGUGAAGUAUGAUAUUUAAAAAAAAGUUGUAAUGGUUAAGAAAACAUGGGUAAUUUUAUAAUCUUAUUUUUACCGGACACUAGGGUCUUACCAUGUAGUCCAGAGGAAAAUAGGGAAGUCAAUUAAAAUUUCAUGCUGUUCGAAGACAACUGGGUGACUUGGUCCACUGAGAGCCA